CGUCCUGGGCGGCGGCGAUGGCGGCCACUCCGGCCUCCGCGUCGGAGGACCCGCUGCGGAACUUCGUGCGAGUCCUGGAGAAGCGGGACGGCAGGGAGCUGCGGCUGCAGCAGUACGGCUCCGGCGGCGUGGGCUGCGUGGUGUGGGACGCCGCCAUCGUCCUCUGCAAAUACCUGGAGACGCCCGGGUUCUCCGGCGAGGGCGCGCACGCGCUCAGCCGGCGGUCGGUGCUGGAGCUGGGCUCGGGCACGGGGGCCGUGGGGCUCAUGGCCGCCACCCUCGGGGCGGACGUCGUGGUCACCGACCUGGAGGAGGUGCAGGACUUGCUGAGGGUGAACAUUAACAUGAACAAGCACCUCGUCACCGGCUCUGUGCAGGCCAAGGUACUGAAAUGGGGGGAAGAAAUAGAAGACGUUCCUUGCCCGCCGGACUACAUCCUGAUGGCCGACUGCAUCUACUACGAAGAGUCUUUGGAGCCGUUGUUGAAAACUCUGAAAGAUCUCAGUGGAUCUGAGACUUGUAUUAUAUGUUGUUAUGAACAACGAACAAUGGGAAAAAAUCCAGAAAUCGAGAGAAAAUAUUUUGAGCUCCUUCAACUAGACUUUGACUUUGAAAAAAUUCCUUUGGAAAAACAUGAUGAAGAAUAUCGAAGUGAAGAUAUUCAUAUUUUAUACAUCAGAAAGAAAAAAUCGAAAUUUCCAUCGUGAAAUCUUGAAUCCUUUCACCCAAGCCUCUAACAACCUGGGUAAGCUAAAGAUGUGAAUGGAGCAUGUGAAUACAGCAUGGAAAGAUGAUGUUCACAGAUUUUUCCAGCAUGUCCUUAGAGACCCGAUCUAUAGACGACAACCACCACGGGCUGCCUGCAAUAUGAAAAAUGACUGCCUGCCUGCCUGCCUGCCUGCCUGCCUGCCUGCCUGCCAGGGGACUGAAAUCCAGCUUAGUUUACUUUUAGCUCAGUAUCAAGUUCUGCUUAAAGGAAGCAUUGUGUAUCAGUCACUCCUCAAAUAGCAACCAGGUAUUGAGGUGAGCCCAGUCUGCCAGAAAUAAACAGGGAAGCAGCAUGGUUGACUUGGCGUAUCUCCAGGAAACUAGAGAUAAAUUGAUCCAAUUUCUAAAGAGAGCUAUCUAUUACUAUGUAACAAUGUUUAAAUUCAAACCAGUAAAUUGUAGUGUUUCAAGAUAGACACGUGUAAAAGGAGGUUUUCGUUUUAACAUAAUUUUGCAGUGGUUUUGUCAUAUUGCUUUUAAAGAUAUGUUCAUUGCUUAUUUUUGUUCAUUGCUUUUAAGAUAGCUUUAAUACUUAAAUGUUCUUUUAUUUUAAAAAAAUUGAAAAUAUUGCUUUGUAUACUUACGUUGGCCAAAGUUUUAUUCUUUUCCUCUACCAUAGAUGUCUGUGUGAGAUAGUAAAUUAUACUGUAGUGACUUGGGAAGAAUGAAAGUGAAAAUCAGGAGACUGGGAGGGGCUGAGAUCUCUACAGAAUUUCUUAUUAGAUAAUGGAGUGAGAAGAAAAGCCCGGUUUCGGGCUUGUGCACUUGUAUGGCUCAUGCGCUUUUCCUCAUGUGUAUCUUCCAGGAAAAUGUGGCUAAAAUCACUGGUGUUAACUUGUUUACAUGAAACAGAGAAAGGUUUUUAAAUAACUACAAAUGUGGUUCUGUAUACAUUCAUCAAAUGAUUUGUAUUCGGUGUAGUCUCUGUCUUGUGUUAUCCUGAUAAUCUGUGCACAGACUGUCUGUCGAGGACUUACGCUCGUUCCCAAGAGGAGUGGUAACCCGAUGGAAUUCUGGUGCUCACAGGCAUGGGUGCUCGGUGGCACAGUUUAUGUGUUAAAAUAAAUGUUGUUUUUGAGAUUC